AUGUCGCGUAAUGAAUAUAUUUAUGAUGAAACGUUAGACGAGGCACGCCAAAUUUUGAGUGAAACAAGGCCAAAUGAUGUCUCAACCGAAAAUUUUCGUGAAGAGUCAACAACUGUUCAGGUGAAGUUUGUUGAAUUAGUAAGAGCUGCCUGGGUGUUAAAAACUGGAAGCGCUGGUGAACCAAUUGAAAUACUUGUGAAGAGGAGCACAGUUGUUUCACAACCGAAUAGUGAUGAUGAAUCAGAUUAUGCAAGUUCGGAUGAUACUGCUGCUAUUCCCAGACAUACUAAUGUUCGGUAUCGUCAUAAACGUGGUGAUACUUGGCGAUAUGAUGAUGGUAUUUCUGGUGAUGAUGAUGGUCGUCUUGAGACUUGGGAAGUGAAGUGGUGUGUACAAAAAUAUGAAUACCUUCCUGAAUGGCUACAGGAUAACGAGUUUCUUCGUCACGGACAUCGUCCUCCUUUACCAAAUUUUGCAGAAUGUUUUCGAAGUAUUUGGUCACUACAUACUGAGACGGGUAAUAUAUGGACUCAUCUUAUAGGCUGCAUAGCAUUUGCCUUGUUAGGCCUUUGGUUUAUGAUUCAGCCAGAUUCCCAUAUACGUUUUCAAGAUAAAGUUGUAUUUUCAUGUUUUUUCUUUGGUGCAAUCGUUUGUCUUGGCAUGUCAUUUACGUUUCAUACAGUAAGCUGUCAUUCAUUAGCCGUUGUUCGUAUUUUUUGCAAAUUGGAUUAUUUGGGAAUAUCACUGUUAAUUGUCGGUUCAUUUAUUCCUUGGGUCUACUAUGGAUUUUAUUGUCGACGUGAACCAAAAAUCACUUACAUAACUAUGGUUAGCGUGCUAGGUGUUGGUGCUGCAAUAGUAUCGCUGUGGGACAAAUUCAGUGAAUCAAGUUAUCGUCAUGUUCGAGCAGCUGUUUUUGUUGCCAUUGGUUGUAGUGGGGUGGUGCCUUCCGUGCAUUUCAUGAUAACUGAUGGUUUAGCUCCUCUUUUUUCGGAAGCAGCAUUUCAUUGGAUUCUUCUCAUGGGUGCUCUUUAUAUUUGUGGCGCUGUGCUAUAUGCCACACGUACUCCGGAACGGUUUUUCCCGGGCAAAUGUGAUAUUUGGUUUCAAAGCCAUCAGUUAUUUCAUGUAUGUGUUGUGCUUGCUGCGUUAGUACAUUACUAUGGUAUUUCGACUAUGGCUAUGAUUCGACUAAAGUCUUCUUGUCCUGCUGAAAGUAAUGCUAUACGUGCCUUUCAGAACAUAAUUGAAGGUGUAAAAAAAGCAGUACACGAUUCUUUAUAG